GGGCAGAUAUUGCGGCCGGACGGGGAAAUGGGGAGAGUAAAGAGACAAUGGGCGUGCGAUGGAUGCGGUGUGCACGCCCUCGAGGCAGGCGGGGCGUCCGGAUCCGGAGACGACGGACGCAAAGCGGGCGGCGCGUGGCCGAGCCGAACCAGCGGAACACAGCUCGUGAGCGACUCUGCUUUUGUUCCCGGCCGUCAUCUCCAUAAUUGCAAUGCCACAUAAAUACGGCUCCGUCUGCACUCCGGCUCCUUGCCGCCCUCCCCGUCCCGACAUCUCUCAGCGAUGGGUCUCUUCGAUUUGUACUCCUCGAGCGUGCCCGAGCACACCAGGCACGACAUAGACAUUGCUCUCGUCCCCGCUGCCUGCACGUCCCCUACAACGCCUAUUACGACGCCCACGUCCAGACGCGUCGACUUGCCCCUUGAGCUCGUCUUCGACAUCCUCGAACUCGCUACCCUCGCUCCCGCCACCGAGCCGGACCGGGCCACCCUCCGCGCAUGCGCUCUCGUAUGCCGCACCUGGCGCGCACCCGCUCAGAGCGUCCUCUACCGUCACUUUGUCGUGCGCGAUGCCAACACCGCCGAGACCUUCGUAACGACGCUGUCAGUGCGUCCGACGCUCGCGGAUGCAGUCCGCACUCUGCGAGCCACCGUGGACCGCAAUCAGCCCGACGGUCUCUCGCCACAUACGUUCGCCCAAGUGGUGAGCCGCUGCCCCCGCCUUGAGACCGUGCACCUCGCGCUCUUUGGCCCCUCAACCGAAGCUCACACGACCGUCGAGCGCGCCACCGCCGAGAGCCCUAUGUUCGACGCCGAGACGCUCUCCCUCCUCGCCUCUGGGCCCCAGAUCACCUCGCUCCACCUCGCCAACUGGUCCGCAGACAAGUCCGUCCUGUUUGACCUCCUCGAGGCGUGGCCCUGCGGCCCGCGUGCGCUUUCCUUGGCCGGCACCCCGCCCUCGCUCCCCGCCUGCGCCCCGCCGCAGUGUGUCGCCGCCCUCGAGGCUCUGCGCAUCAACUGCACGGGCCCACUGGCGCCUGAGUGCGUCGAGUGGCUCCUUCGUGACGCGCGUUUGCGUGCCCUCGACAUCGCUCGCGCGUGGGACGGUGAAGCGCUGCGGCUGCUGGAGGCGCAAGGUGCGACGCUGGAGGCACUCACGCUGCCCGCCCUGCACGAGCACGAGCUUGUCGGCGCCGUCCGCGACGGCUGCCCGGCUCUACGCUCGCUGACCGUGGCAGGCGCGUGUCUCGCCCCGGCGUUCUGGUACGGGGAGACCUCGCCGCUGGAGCACCUGGCGGUCGGCCAGUCGCACGGAACGAACCUCGGCGCGGUCCUGCGCGCGGUGCACGGCGGAAAGCUGCGCUCAUUGACGCUGAGGUCGACGCCUGACGGUGUGAAGCACCCGCAGCUGGCGCCGUUGAGGGUGGCGUGCACGAUGUAUGGCGUUGACUACAACAUUACGAGCGACGUGCGCAAGUUCAAGGCAUUGACGGCCAAUGUUUUCAGCGCGAGCGCGGCUAGCGACAUGUUCGCUCAAAUCGCCGCGUGCUAGGAGAAUCGCCUUUGGCUACGUAUGGUCAAGCUAUGCCGCGCGUUCUCCGCUGCACCACGCCACGCUACGCAUUCUCAAGAUCCCAAGAAGAGGACUACAGAUCCAACAACG